AAUAUAUGGAUCAUUAUGUUGUGCGGCUCUCUGCCUAUAUCAUCUCUCUGGCCUUACCUUUAUUUCAUGGUAAAGGAUUUUAAUAUUGUAAAAAGAGAGGAAGAUAUCAGUGCCUAUGCUGGUUAUGUGGGAUCUGCAUUUAUGCUUGGAAGAUCUUUGACAUCUAUAUUGUGGGGAAUAAUAGCUGAUCGCUAUGGUAGAAAACCUGUUAUUAUUAUAGGGAUUAUCUCUGUUGUCAUUUUCAACACAUUAUUUGGCCUAAGCACAAGUUUUUGGAUGGCUGUUAUUAUGAGAUUUUUUCUUGGAGGUUUAAAUGGUUUGAUGGGACCAAUGAAGGCUUAUUCUACUGAAAUUUUUCGAGAAGAAUACCAAGCUCUAGGACUCUCUACCGUAAGCCUCACUUGGGGUGUAGGUUUAGUCUUUGGGCCAGCAUUGGGAGGUUAUUUGGCUCAGCCAGCAGUCAAAUACCCACAUCUAUUUACAAAUGGUUCCUUUUGGGAUAAGUUUCCAUACUUCUUGCCCUCCUUUAUAAUAUCAGCUUUUGCACUUCCUGUAGCAAUUUCUUGCAUCUGGCUUCCAGAGACACUUCACAACCAUAGUGAGUCCACUGACAACACUGAAGCUUUAGAAAGUGGAAAAAGUGGGGUUAACAAAGACAAGUUGAUCCAAAAAGAUGAAAGCAUCCUCAGAAAUUGGCCCCUAAUGUCAUCUAUCAUUGUUUACUGUGUUUUUGCACUUCAUGAUAUAGCUUAUUCAGAGGUUUUCUCAUUAUGGGCUGUGAGUCCUCUAAGGUUAGGCGGUUUGAACUUUACAACUGAUGUUGUUGGUAAUGUUCUUGCUAUAUCAGGUCUUGCUAUUAUAAUCUUCCAGCUUGGCCUAUACCAAUCAGUGCAAAAAGUUUGUGGACCUAUUGUCCUUGCUCGCAUUGCAGGGGUGUUAUCCAUACCCAUCUUGCAAAGCUACCCUUUCAUGACAAUGUUGUCAGGCUUAACACUGCACAUAGUGAUAUAUAGUGCUUCCAUUCUAAAGAAUCUGACCACUGAGAUAAUUUCAACUGGUUUAUUAAUUCUGCAAAAUAGAGCAGUGAAACAACAUCAAAGGGGGGUAGCUAAUGGCAUUUCUAUGACUGCUAUGUCAGCAUGUAAAGUAAUUGGACCAGCCGCAGGUGGUGCCAUAUUAGCUUUGUCACAAAAGCGGUUAAAUGCUUCUUUCCUCCCAGGCACCCAUCUGGUCUUCUUUGUCCUCAAUGUUGUUGAAGGACUUGGAGUGUUGUUGAUGUUCAAACCAUUCCUAACUGAAAAGAAGAAAGCACCCACAGAGCAGUUACAUUGA